AUGGCAAUCCAGAAGAAGCACGGCAAAGGCCGUCUCGACAAAUGGUACAAGCUUGCGAAGGAGAAGGGUUACCGUGCCCGAGCCGCCUUCAAAUUGAUACAGUUAAACAAGAAAUACAACUUCCUGGAGAAGAGCAAGGUGCUGAUAGACUUGUGUGCUGCACCAGGAUCAUGGUGUCAAGUCGCGGCCGAGGCUAUGCCUGUGAACUCCCUUAUCGUCGGUGUCGAUCUCGCCCCUAUCAAGCCAAUCCCACGAUGCAUUACUUUCCAGAGCGACAUCACGACCGACAAGUGCCGUGCCACCCUGCGGCAGCACCUAAAAACGUGGAAAGCUGACACGGUUCUACAUGAUGGAGCGCCAAAUGUGGGUACCGCAUGGGUACAGGAUGCAUUCACACAGGCCGAGCUGGUCUUGCAGUCAUUGAAGCUCGCAACGGAAUUUCUGGUUGAAGGUGGCACCUUCGUCACUAAAAUUUUCAGAUCAAAAGACUACAACUCACUCCUCUGGGUCUUUAACCAGCUGUUUGCCAAAGUCGAAGCGACCAAGCCUCCAUCUUCCCGAAAUGUCUCCGCUGAAAUCUUCGUCGUGUGUCGUGGCUACAAAGCCCCAAAGCACCUCGACCCUAAGUUCCUCGAUGCUCGAUCUGUCUUCGCCGAACUUGCAGAUCCUGCACCAAACAAUGAGGCAAAGGUCUUCAAGCCAGAAGUGAAGAAGAGGAAGAGGCAAGGUUACGAGGAGGGUGACUGGACUCAGUUCAAAGAGGCGCCCGUGAGUGAGUUCAUCCAGACUACAGAUCCAAUCGCCUUGUUGGGGAGCUUGAACAAAUUAAGCUUUAACCAAACGCCAAAUGGCGACAUUGCCGUUGCCACCAUCGACAAGCUACCCGAAACGACACAAGAAGUCCGCAACUGCUGUAGCGACCUGAAGGUGCUAGGGCGCGCUGAUUUCAAGCGACUGCUCCGGUGGAGAUUGAAGGUGCGCGACAUCUUUGGCUUCUCAAAGAAGAAGGACAAACAGGCGGAGGAGGAGGAGGGAGACGAGGUUGCCGAAAUUGAGUCUAUGGACGAGGAAAUGAAGAUCCAGGAGGAGAUGGAAAGGUUAAAGGACCAAGACUCGAAGAAAAAGAAGAAAGAGAGACGACGAGAGAACGAUAAAAGGCAGAGAGAAAUUGUGCGCAUGCAAAUGAACAUGACGACCCCCAUGGAUAUCGGCAUGGAGCAGACAGGUCCUCAAGGCGAAGGUUCAAUGUUUGGACUGAAGGCUGUCGACAAGGCUGGUGUUCUAGCCAAGGUCGCUAAAGGGAGAAUGGCGACCAUCGUCGAACACAAUAAACCGCAGGAAUCCAGUGACGAAGAACUAGAGAGCGAUGAUGAGGAAGACCGCCUCGAGCGGGAGCUAGACUCCAUGUACGACGAGUAUCAAGAACAGAAGUCCACAAGAGAUGCAAAGUACAGAGCGAAGCGCGCAAGGAAAGAAGACGAAGAUGGUGAAUGGCACGGUUUCUCCGAUAGUCAGAAGGAUGUGAGCAGUGAUGAGGAGAUUGUGGAAGAUGAUGGCAGCGACUCUAGCGAGGACGAGGAAGACGGACUCAAGGCUUUGAUCACAGACCUAGAGCACGAAAACGAUACAAGCAACGGUCUUACGAAACGAGCGGCGCGAUUCUUUGGUCAAGAUAUCUUUAGAGUGAUUGACGGGUUGGACGGACUUGAGGAGGAUGAGGACAGCGGAAUUGAUAUAGAGGAUGUUACUGAAGAGGGUGUAGAGGAACCACUUCGGCCGUCAAAGUCGGCAAAACUAAUCGAACUACCCUCCGCCAAAAUUCCGAAACUGGCAAAAUCGAAAUCUACUAAAAACGGAACGGCACAGGACGCCUCAGGGCACUCGUCAUCUGGAGAGGGUGAGGAUAAAAUCGAAGAAGUGGGGCGCGACGAGACCGCAUGGGAGCAAGACGACAUGCCAAUGAAGAAUGGACGUCCCGACAUCGAGAUCAUCACUGCAGAAGCCAUGACCCUAGCACACCUGCUUGCCACGGGCAAGAAGACCAAACACGAUCUCGUCGACGAUAGCUUCAAUCGAUAUUCCUUGCGUGACGUCGAAGGUCUUCCCGACUGGUUCCUCGACGACGAGAACCAGCACUCCAAAAUCCAGCGUCCGACAACUGCGGCGGCCGCAGCCGCCAUCAAGGAAAAGCUGCGUACUCUGAACGCUCGUCCUAUCAAGAAGGUUCGCGAAGCGAAAGCGAGGAAGAAGUUUAAAGCUGCUCAGCGGUUAGAAAAAUUAAAGAAGAAGAGUGCGCUGUUGGCAGAUGAAGAGGGUAUGACAGAGAAAGAGAAAGCGCAGAGUAUUGCGCGGUUGAUGAGCAGAGCUGCAAAGAAGAAACCAAAACAGAAGGUCUCGGUGGUGGUCGCACGAGGUGGUAAUAACGGGAUCAAGGGCCGACCAAAAGGUACAAAGGGGAAAUAUAAAAUGGUGGAUGCUAGGUUGAAGAAGGAUGUGAGGGCGGAGAAGAGGCUUGCGAAGAAGCGGAAGUCUAGAUGAAGUACCAUAAGUGUAGAAUUGGAAGUUAUGGCCCCCUGUACGUAGCUUUGGUGUUCUGCUCUUCGUUACACCUGGAUCUAGAACACUUUACUUCUCGUCAAAAGUGCAGAUGAGUUUACUUAGGGUUGAGUCCAUCUCCCUGCUCCAUCGUCU